AGGCGGGGCGCGCCCAGGUGAGAGCGCUCCCACCCCCAGCGCCCCUGCAUCGGGUACGGGUGGCAGCCUCCCUGUCUGUCCUUUAGCAGUGUGGGGUCAGUGCACCUCGGCGGGUCAGACCCGGUGCGGCUCCGGCUCCAUCUUGGCGCCGGGCACCUGUGGCGGCAGCAGGAGCAGCGCUUCCGUCGGCCUGCGCGGCCCUGGCGGCGACAGGGUGAGAGGCCAGCCGCGGCAACCAUGAGUUCUAGCCACCCUGAACCAGGUGCCCGGGAAUGCCAGAGUCCACGCCCACAGCCCCUGUCCCAGAGUUCUUCUAGCUUGCUGUAUGAAGGCCGGGAGCAGAGGCCAGAGCUGCGCAAGAGAGCCAGCAGCACUGUGUGGCAGGCACAGCCGGGUGAGGCCAGCACUAGUCCCCGGACUCUGGAGGAAGAGGGCUGCCAGACUGAGGGCUUGGAACAAGGACAGACCUCGAGUCCACGGCCACAGGCUGGUGCUGGAGGUCACUGGAGAAGCAGCACUGUUGGCAAUGUGUCUGUCGUGGGCAUCGGUGACCUGUGUCGCCUACGGGCCCCCAGUGUGGCAGCUGUGCAGAGGAGCCACUCAGACUUGGUCCAUAGUACCCAGCCCCGGGGUCAUGGUGGUGCUCAGAAGGCCAGCCUCAGCUGUUCUGCCCUUGGCAGCUCACCUGUCCUGAGGGCUCAGCUGCAGCCUGGAAGCGGGCAAGAUGGCCAGACCCCUGCAGUCCUGCGAAGUGACCUGGCUCCAGAGGAUGGGAUUUCUAAAUCAGCCUGCAUGCUGGGGCAGAGUCAGGUGUUGGUGCCAACUGUAGAACUGGAAGGUACGGCUGGUCUCAUCAGCAGUCCUCAGGGCGGACCCAAAGCUACUGGACAACCAUCUACCACUUCCUGCCAUGCUCUGCCCCCAGAAGCUCUGCUCUGCACCAUGAGGGAGGCUGCACCUGGUGGCUGCUGCCAUGCUCUUCCUGCAGCAGGCAUCCUGGCCUUUCCCAAAUUGGUGGCAUCAGUGAGUGAGUCUGGGUUGCAGGCUCAGUGUGGGAUGAAAUUCCACUGUAAGUUGCCUGGAGGGAUUUCUGGGUACCCUCACUGCUGUGUUCACCCUUGGGGACCUACGGGGCUGGCCACAGACCCUGGCUCCAGGACCAAAGAUGUGUGGACCAUGACCUCAGCCACUGACUUGGCCUUGGGUGUGGCAUCAGCCCAGGAUGCUGGGGUUCAGGUAGCCCCAGUGGCAGCCUGCAAGGCUGUGGCUACAAGCCCAUCCCUGGAAGCACCUGAGAGUCUGAACAUUUUCCCAGAGGUAAUGCUGGGAUCCCACCUGGAACAGCCAUCAUCACCCGUGAGGGAUGUGCGAUGGGAUGCUGAGGGCAUGACAUGGGAGGUGUAUGGAGCCUCAGUGGACCCCGAGGUGCUCGGCAUUGCCAUCCAGAAGCACCUGGAGAUGCAGUUUGAGCAGCUGCAGCAGGCUCCAGUCAGUGAGGACAGCCUAUCUACAGAAGGCCGACGGGGCCCUCUGCGGGCUGUCAUGCAGUCGCUGAGGCGCCCCAGCUGCUGUGGCUGCUCUGGAGCGGCUCCAGAAUGAGGAAUCGUGUGACCCCCGAGGCUGGCCUUGACUCUGGACUCCAUCCUAGGCCAGUGACAGUCACAGGGGAGACUCUGUAUCACCAGAACCCACCCUCUCACUUGAACAUCAGCCUUAGGCUUGCGGUUCUGCCUAGCUAGGCUGUCUUUUAAGGGCUUGAUCCCUAAGAGCCAUUUCUCCAUUCUGGGCUCUGGACUUUGGGGCAGGGAUUUUGCUUUGCACAUCAGCAAAGUCCUGAUUUCUUUCCUGCAAAAGUACUUAACCUUUUGUUUGGUCUGUCCGCAGAACUUUGCUGUUACUCCCCCGGGACUCUUGGUGGUUUUAUUUUUAAUAGCGCUGCUAGGAAAUAAUGAAUUUUUACAUUGCACAGGACACUUAUGUGGCAGGGAUUGCCCUGGUCCCUAGAGAACCGAUAGUGCUAGAGGUCUUCUGCCUGCCAUCUACUGUGCUCGUCACCUACCUUGUUGGGCUUUUCACCUCUUCACCCCUCUUUUCAGAUGUCACAGAGGAAGUCUGGCAAAGAUCUAGCUGAUGAGCUCUGAGGUAGACAGAGCCCUUAGAGCUAGGGCCAGCUGAGCCCUGGUGCUGGUCUGAGACAUACACCCCGGCCAGCUCAGUGUGGGUGGGGACAGGAAGGACUAAUUGAGUGCACAUUCUCUGCCAGAUUCUGGGGGCCUGUGAGGAAUGAGACACAGUCACUGCCCAUGGAGUGCAGGGACCAGAGCAUCACAAAAGGGCUGUG